CGAUAAGAAGCGCAACGCAACUUACACCCGGCAGACCGCAUCACCCCUCUACGUCGCCCGUCGAGAAAGCUGCCGUCGUCAUAUUUCACAGCAGGCUGUAUAUUCCCGUCUUUUGCUCCUGUCAGUCUCACUGCACGCCCAGCCGCCAGUUUUCGAUCGAGGAUACCGCAACCACAACCAUUGCAAUCAUGGCCCCUACCGUCCUCCACCUCCGUUCCGAGGACAAGCACCUCGAACACCGCUCGGCCCUCACGCCGACCACCGCCAAAGCCCUAAUUGAUGCCGGCUACACAGUCAACGUCGAAAAGAGCCCCGUCCGCAUUUUCGACGAUGAUGAGUUCACCAAGAUUGGCGCCACGCUGGUGCCCACCGGCAGCUGGCGCGAAGCCCCCUCAGACCACAUCAUUGUUGGUCUCAAGGAGCUCCCAGAGGAGACUUUCCCGCUGAAGCACGUCCACGUCCAGUUCGCCCAUUGCUACAAGGGCCAGGGCGGUUGGGACACCGUCCUCGCCCGCUUUCCCCGUGGCGGCGGUACUCUCCUCGACCUCGAAUUCCUGCAGGACCCCGCGAGCGGCCGACGUGUCGCCGCGUUCGGAUACUCUGCCGGGUUCAGCGGUGCAGCGCUGGCCCUCAAGACUUGGGCGUGGCAGCUGACCAACCCGGGCAAGCCGCUGCCUGGGGUCGAGAGCUACCCUAACGAGAGCGCGCUCGUCUCGGAUGUCAAGGCCGACAUCGCCGCCGGCCAGGCCAAAAUUGGCCGUGUCCCGCGGGUCAUCGUCAUUGGUGCGCUGGGCCGCUGCGGCCGCGGAGCCGUCGAUAUGGUCACCAAGGCCGGCGUGCCCGAGGAGAACAUUGUCAAGUGGGAUAUGGCCGAGACUGCCAAGGGCGGGCCGUUCAAGGAGAUUACCGACAGCGACAUCUUUGUCAACUGCAUCUACCUGACUUCGCAGAUCCCACAUUUUGUCAACCGCGAGAGCCUCAAGGCCGCAGACCGCAAGCUCAGCGUAGUGUGCGACGUGUCUGCCGAUACCACGAACCCUUUCAACCCAGUGCCCAUCUACACCGUUGCCACGACCUUCGACAGCCCCACUGUGCCCGUCGAGGGUGUCGAGAACCCGCCAGUCAGUGUCAUCAGCAUCGAUCACCUGCCCAGCCUUCUGCCCAGAGAAUCCUCCGAGGCCUUCAGUGGCGACUUGCUGCCUUACCUGCUCAAGCUCAACGACUGGCAGAACGACCCCGUCUGGGGCGGCGCCAAGAAGCUCUUUGACGAGAAGGUGGCGACUCUGCCAGCGAGCGCUCUCAAGGAGUAAAGUUGCCAUUGACCAGGGGAAGCUGCCAAAAAGUGGUUUGAUGCGUAAAAGGCCAACAUGAUAGAUUUUAGAUAUGACAAUGGUAGAUAUCGCACCAUUGAUGGUCAACAUCGUGCCUUAUGGCUUCCUUGCAAAUCGUGUCUCUGGAUGGGAUCACCCCAUCAUGUACCAGAGUGUACACUGCUCUUGCUCAUGGCUCGGCUGUGCCACUCC